GUGCUUCAGGUGGUGAGGGAAAUAGAACGUCUGUAGCCGUCCAAAUAAACAACACAUAUAACAGGGAAAAGAAUCAGACAUCCUUAGACACAACAGCCGUCCCAAACACCGAGCUUAUCAAGCCGACAUGGGCGGGCGGAUAUGAAUAUCCUGAUUGGUUUCUAAGAUGCUUGAUGAACAAGUCGAGAGUUGAAAAAUCUUUCACCCCGACUAUCGAUGAAAUAAAAAUGGCAUUUGAAGAGCUUAACAACACGGGAAAGUUUAUAGCAACGCUGUCAUGGACACCUUUUGAUAUUCAACUGACAAAUUGGACUGGAUACGCAAUAAUAUACCGAUUUGUAGAAUCCGGCAGCCAGAGCGAAGGCAUGUGUCAAGAAUUUGAUAAGAACGCUACGAACUUUACCAUAACUAAUUCUUCGUACGGACUGACGACUGGUUCUCCUGUUGCGCUUUACAUUACUUCUCUUCCAUAUCCAGUUGACAUACCAAUCUUCUUCUCAUUCAAUGAAUUAACUUACUCUACAGUCCAAACAACUCAGUCUAAAGCAGGUGGGGACAAGAAACUUAGAGCUAUCAUUGCAGCUAUCCUCUCCUCGACAUGUGCUGUUGUGAUAAUUGGCUUGAUAAUUUUCCGCUAUCGUUGUCGUUCUUUGCCUUUACCAUCGGAUCUGGAAUUUGAGUACGACGCGUUCAUUAUAUUUAGUUCCGAGGAUUCGCAGUGGGUGGUCAACACCCUAAUUCCAACCUUGGAAGAAAACCAUGGUAUAAGGUGCUGUGUGCAUUACCGAGACUUCAUCCCUGGAGUGACUUUUAGGAAAAAUAUGGUGGACAGCGUUUACAAGUGCAAGAAAACCAUUGCCGUUGUAUCUACUCACUUUUUUAACAGUAAAUAUUGUGGGUCAGAGCUGGAUUACGCCCUUCAUCGACUUAUGGAAAGGAGAGAUGAUAGUUUAGUUGUCAUCAAACUUGAUGACGUCGAAAAAGGAAAGCUUCCCAAGGAAUUGCAAAAACGGAGUUAUAUCGACUACGCAAAAUCGGUUGAAAAAGAAAGUUGGGAAAAGAAGCUGGUCAGCUGUUUGAAUUCCAAAACACGAGAUCGUUAUAAUUAGGCUGUUUAUUACACGGAGAAGGGCUGGAGGAUUCUGGUUGUGUGAUGAGA